GGUGCUGGUCGGCUGCGCAGGGAUGGCGGGAUGCUGAGAGUCAGCCCCGGGGUAAUGGAGCUGAGGAUCCAGUUGGUCCCCACCGGGGAAAUGGUCUGCCUGGCUGUUCAAGAACAAGGGACCAAACUCGCAGUUGGAGGUGAGGGAGCCCGGCACACCAUGGAGAGCGCCCUGACGGCCCGGGACCGGGUGGGGGUCCAAGACUUUGUCCUGCUGGAGAACUUCACCAGCGAGGCCGCCUUCAUCGAGAACCUGCGCAAGCGCUUCAAGGAGAACCUGAUCUAUACCUACAUCGGCUCCGUCCUGGUCUCUGUCAACCCCUACAAAGAGCUGGAAAUCUACAGCAAGCAGCACAUGGACCGCUAUCGGGGCGUCAGCUUCUACGAAGUCCCUCCUCACCUGUACGCCAUCGCGGACAACGCCUACCGCUCGCUGCGCACGGAGAGGCGCGACCAGUGCAUCCUCAUCUCUGGGGAGAGCGGGGCGGGCAAGACGGAGGCCACCAAGAAGGUCCUCCAGUACUACGCGGUCACGUGCCCGGCCAGCGAGCAGGUGGAGACCGUGAAGGACCGCCUCCUGCAGUCCAACCCUGUCCUCGAGGCCUUUGGGAACGCCAAGACCCUGAGGAACGACAACUCCAGCCGUUUUGGGAAGUACAUGGACGUCCAGUUUGACUACAAGGGCGCCCCGAUUGGGGGCCACAUCCUGAACUACCUGCUGGAGAAGUCCCGGGUCAUCCACCAGAACCACGGCGAGAGGAACUUCCACAUCUUCUACCAGCUGCUGGAGGGGGGCGAGGAGGAGCUGCUGCGGCGGCUGGGGCUGGAGAGGAGCCCCCACCAGUACCAGUUCCUGGUGAAGGUGGGCAACCGAGCCCUCUCGGUCAUUAACUUCACGGAUAGCGAAGUGGAGGACCUGCUGAGCAUCGUGAGCAGCGUCCUGCACUUGGGGAACGUGCAGUUUGCGGCUGAUGAGGAGGGCAGCGCUCAGGUCACCACAGAGAACCAGAUCAAGUACCUGGCGCGGCUCCUGGGAGUCGAAGCCGCUCUGCUGCGGGAAGCUCUGACCCACAAGAAGAUCAUUGCCAAAGGGGAAGAGCUGGUCAGCCCGCUCAACCUGGAGCAGGCGGCCUAUGCCCGGGAUGCCCUCGCCAAGGCCGUGUAUGGGCGCACCUUCUCCUGGCUCGUCAGUAAGAUCAACCGAUCCCUCGAGUACAAGGAGACGGAGGUCAUGGGCUGGAGGAAAAGCUGCUCGGUGCUGGGCCUGCUGGACAUCUAUGGCUUUGAGGUGUUCCAGCACAAUAGCUUUGAGCAGUUCUGCAUCAAUUACUGCAAUGAGAAACUGCAGCAGCUCUUCAUUGAACUCACCCUGAAGUCGGAGCAAGAGGAGUAUGAGGCGGAAGGCAUUGCAUGGGAACCCGUCCAGUAUUUUAAUAACAAAAUCAUCUGUGACCUGGUGGAGGAGAAAUUUAAAGGCAUCAUUUCCAUUUUGGAUGAAGAGUGCCUCCGGCCUGGUGAUGCCACCGAUAUGACCUUUUUGGAGAAGUUGGAGGAGACCGUCAAGAACCACCCUCACUUCAUCACGCACAAGCUGGCCGAUGCCAAGACCCGGAAGUCUCUGGGCCGGGAGGAAUUCCGCCUUCUGCACUACGCCGGGGAGGUCACCUAUAGUGUCACAGGUUUCCUGGACAAGAACAACGACCUUCUCUUCCGGAACCUCAAAGAGGCCAUGUGCAACUCGGAAAACCCAAUUCUCACCCAGUGCUUCAACAGGUCGGAGCUGACCGACAAGAAGAGGCCAGAGACGGCGGUGACCCAGUUCAAGAACAGCCUCUCCAAGCUGAUGGAGAUCCUCAUGUCCAAAGAGCCCGCCUACAUUCGCUGCAUUAAGCCCAACGAUGCCAAGCAGGCAGGCCGCUUUGAUGAAGUUUUGAUCCGGCAUCAAGUGAAAUACUUGGGCUUGAUGGAGAACCUCCGGGUGCGGCGGGCUGGCUUCGCUUAUCGGCGGAAAUACGAAGUCUUCCUACAAAGGUACAAGUCCCUCUGCCCAGACACAUGGCCUUCCUGGGACGGCAAGCCCCAUGACGGUGUGGCAGUGCUUUUGAAACACUUGGGCUAUCACUCAAAAACAGAUGUGUUUCUUUCCAGGACAAAAAUAUUCAUCCGUUUCCCCAAGACGCUCUUUGCCACGGAAGAUGCCCUGGAGGUCCGGAAGCAGAGCCUGGCCACAGAGAUCCAGGCCUGCUGGAGGGGAUUCUACCGGCGGAAGAAGUUCAAACAGAUGAAGCAUUCAGCCAUCGCGAUCCAGGCUUGGUGGCGAGGGACGCUGGGACGCCGCAAGGCCGCCAAGCGGAAGUGGGCAGUGGAGACCGUUCGGAGGUUCAUCAAGGGCUUCAUUUACCGGAACUACGCCCGCUGCCCUGAGAACGAAUACUUUCUGGACUACAUCCGCUACUCCUUCCUCAUGACUCUGAGGCGCAACCUGCCCAAGAAUGUGCUGGACAAGUCCUGGCCGACUCCACCGCCCUCCCUGCGAGAGGCCUCCGAGUUGCUGAGAGAGCUCUGCAUGCAGAAUAUGGUGUGGAGCUACUGCAAGAGGAUCAGCCCAGAGUGGAAGCAGCAGCUAGAGCAGAAGGUGGUGGCCAGCGAGAUCUUCAAGGGCAGGAAGGACAACUACCCGCAGAGCGUCUCCCGGCUUUUCCUCAACACUCGCCUUGGCAGCGAAGAGAUCAAUGCCAAAGUCCUCCAAGUGCUGGCCAGUGAGCCUCUGAAGUACGCUGUUCCGGUGACCAAGUACGACCGGAAAGGCUACAAGGCUCGGCCUCGGCAGCUCCUGCUCACACAGAAUGCGGUGCUGCUGGUGGAAGAGUCCAAGGUCAAGCAGCGGAUUGAGCACCCCAACCUGACAGGCAUAUCUGUGAGCAGCCUGAGCGACAGCCUCUUUGUCCUCCAUGUUCUCCGGCAGGAUAACAAGCAGAAGGGAGAUGUCGUUCUGCAGAGUGAUUUUGUGAUUGAGACGGUGACUAAGGUUGCCAUCGUUGCUGACAAAGUGAACAGCAUCAACAUCAACCAGGGCAGCAUAAAAUUCGCCAUCGGGCAAGGCAAAGAAGGCACCAUCGACUUCACGUCAGGAUCGGAGCUGCUGAUUGCCAAAGCCAAAAGCGGGCACUUGGCUGUUGUGGCGCCUCGUUUGAACUCCCGAUGACAAACGCUGUUUGUUGCCCGGCCAACGACCUUCUUCCUCCGACUGACUCGGUUCUGCGGCAACCUCGGCCGGCUGCUUUCUCUGCCAACGUUUUGCGGGUGGGGCUGCUUUGCGGAUCUUCUUCCUAAGCUACCAAAGAACCCUCCUUAGGCUGCAUCUGCUGGUUUUACUCCUCCUUGUACCAAAAAAGCCUUCCUCCCCUCACAGACACUACGGGGCAGCCGAGGACAUGCGAGGUUCACAGCCUGUCCUGCUGCCAAACAGCCUUUGUAGGGGAGGAAGGCUGUGAAGCUCUCCACUAAUGAAGUGACAUGCCAAAUUUUAUACUAAAAAUAUUUUAUGAGGAAAAUUUCUCCUAGUUUUUUUUAUGCUUUGUAUGAAAAUAUAAAAAGCCAUAAUGUAUAAACAAGUGAUAUUCUGUAAAUAUGUCCUAGCCCAUCCUAUGGGAUGUCAACACUAUGAACAUUAUUUUCUUCUUUCUAAAUUGGAAGAAGUGUGAUAGUGCUUUAGGGAACUAUCCUCCUUCCCCCUUUGCUGUCCCUCUGGCACUGGAAAAGGAAGUGAAAUCACAACACAGACCUCUUUCCAGAGAGCAUGUUUUGCAAACUUGGGGUAGCAAAUUUACCCUCAGAGAUGGUAGAAUGUAUUUCUUUGUGCAGUUCUCAACAGCACACGUGCCGUUCAGAAAAGUUUUUUUAAAAAAGAUAACUGCCAUUGAACCCCUAAACCGAAGUUUUUAAGUCACUAACCUUUGGUCUCGGCGAUUAAUGCUUCACUGGUAGGCAGGAGUGUGGGCCGUGCAUCCCCUCCCUCCACUAUUCAGAUAAUGCUUUCUGGUUCACAGAUGAUCCUUUGGGGCUUUUGCGGGGGGGUGGGGAGGGAGGGAGGCGAGGAAAACAGAAGAAUGGCUACUUCUGUGCUGCCACGAAAACAACAGAAGGUUCAGAUUGGUUUACUUGUCCACCCAACACACAUGUGUCGGUAACUGUGCACUGAUCGCACUUACUAGGGUAUCGCCCAGAGAUAGUCUUUUCAGGGGACAUUAACAAGAUGCUUCUGUAGUCAUACUGGCCGAGACAAGUGAGGCUUUUUAAAUACCACAAUUGGAUUUUGUACUAGCACAGAACCUGAGUGAUUUUUUUUUGGUGUCAUGUGGUUGCAUUGCUACCACUAUCAGACGCUCCAUAGGUUUGUUCUUUUCUUCCUUGUUUUCUAUGAUAAAAACUGCAUUAGCCUUGAAUGCUGUCUGCUACAGUGUAUAUAAGAUUUAAUGCUCUAUGCACAAUGCUAUAUAAAUCAAUGCAAAUCUAUAAAUACAUAUAUAUAUAUAUAUAUAUAUGCCAAAUAAAUUUUUACUAAAACCUG